CGUAAGGGAAAAGUGAGGUUAAUGGUUUUGGUGGAACUGAAGAGCGUGUUUCUUUAGCAAUGAGAACGGCAACCAUGUCUAUAAUUAGUAUAGACUAUUUCCGUUGUAAGUACUUGAAGAAAUUUUUAUUAUUUUUUAAAAAAAUGAAUCCUUGAUUUAGUUUUUGUCAGAUAAUUUUGGAUUGGUAUCUUCCAGUUCGCACUCUACUCUGCUUAUACCUUUGGAGCAUUAACCACAUUACUUAUGUCUUUGCAAGCAUUUUGAACACUGUAUCUAUUAACUAUAACACGUUUGUUGUAGCGUUUACCAAUGUUGUAAAGUCUCCUUUAAAGCGCGUCGUAUAGCUUCAUUGCCAAGAGUAUAUUUUGAAUAUCCAAAGGCACAUCAAUUAUUCAUAGUAAUUAUCGAUACGUCAGAAAGCUAUUUUGCGAACAUCUAUACACUAUCAUAAGGAAAUGGUCAUGAACGAUCCCUUGACUCCAUGGACUAUUAUUAAAAUAUGGACAAGCAACUUAAGCGAUAUCACCUUUUGGUUACUUUUUUCUUUGAUAUAUCAGAAUAGUCCUCUAUUCACUCUCUCGAAAGAUUGCCAUUCUAACAAGCGUUUUACUGAUUGAAGAGAAUCCACUAAUCUAGAAUCACCACUCAUACUGAGUCUAUUUGGCCAUUUAUUAGGAGUACUGGUUUAAUACCCGAUGAUCGUGCUGAUUCAGUUUCCAUAUGACUUUUCUUGCAUCAAUAUUUCAUGUGCACAAGAGCUCCAGCUCCCCUAUGUCAAAAUAUUUCCAACUGCUGUUCGAAUUAUGAAAAGAAUUUGUGAGUCAAUAGAAUGAUUCUUCUUGAUCUCCUCCGUUCGGUAAAUGAUUUUCAAUGAUUUAUUGAUAAUUUUUCUGCAUUGGUUAGCUUUCACUUGACUAUGAGGUUGCAUUCUUGGAUAUCCCUAUAUCAAGAGAUGUGGAGGGUAUUCUUUUUAAAAAAAUAAAUAAAUAAAUAAGAAAGAACAAAAGAAGAGGAAAUUAAAGCAGCAAAACUUUUGUCAAAGAUGUUCUCACAAUAAUUUUUUCGGUUAAAUUAACUUUAUAAAAUAAGUGUUCGUUUAUACCAAUUGCUGGGUACUUGCGACCGAUAAUAUCUAGCGGCAGAGUGAUACCGGUCUUGGUAAGGACGCUUACAGCUAUGCGUCUCUAAUUAUAUAAAUGGAAGUAUCUUUUCAUAGUCAAAAUCAAUUGCUGAUGGUUAUCUGUUUAAAAACCAAGUAGGAGCCUUGGUAUUUGCGGAAAUUUAUCCUAAAAACUCAGCGUGAUUUGCUAAAAAAGUUGGCUUUUUUUCUACUUUCUAUUAAGCAUUAUGCCCUCAAACAGCUUAUAUGCUUCUUUAUCAAGUCAAUUCGAUGCAACUAGGAUUGAGACAGUCUUGGAUCCAAUGGGAUACACCAUCAAACGUCGCGAUAUCCCAGUAUGUCUCACUGUAGCUGGAUCUGACUGUAGUGGAGGUGCUGGAAUCCAAGCGGAUUUAAAGACGAUGACCAGUCUAGGCGUCUAUGGAAUGAGCGCGAUUUCUUGCGUAGUUGCGGAAAACGCGGAGCGAGUAGAUAAAGUGGAAAACAUGUCUGCCUCCUUUGUCGAGUCCCAGAUUGAUUGUUGCCUUCAAGACGUUCCUUGUAAUGUCGUUAAAACGGGAAUGCUUAGCAACGUGGAAAUUGUCCAAGCAGUCGUUAAGUCCGUCGUGAAACACAACAUAAAGGAGGUUAUCGUUGACCCAGUUAUGAUCGCUACCUCUGGUGAUUCUCUUUCAAAUGAAGAUAUAGUAGAGACUAUUAUUAAAUAUCUUCUUCCUGUAACGACUCUUAUUACACCAAAUAUACCAGAAGCACUAGCGUUUGCCAAACGGGUAAAUGGCGAUGUUCCCGAGGUCAAUUCUAUCUCUUCAAUGGAGAAACUCGCUUCCUUGAUACAUAGUUUUGGAGCACGCUAUGUCCUGCUGAAAGGUGGGCAUAUGCCACUCAAUCAACUUGGUUUAAAAGCCACAAAAGAAGAGCAAGGCGAAUUGGAACUCCAGGUCGUUGAUAUUUUAUACGAUGGAAAAAAAUAUUAUCAUUUUUCCUCGACAUACCUAAAUCAAGGAGAAGUUCAUGGUACAGGCUGUACCUUAUCUUCAGCAAUUGCUUCCUUCCUUGCCUGGGAUCAUACCAUGCUCGAUUCUGUUCAGUUUGCCAUUGAUUAUGUUCAUGGUGCUAUCUCUCAAAGCCCAUCUAUAAACAUUUGUAGUACGAAUUUAUUAAAUCAUAUGAGCCGCCUACGGAUCGCUCCUUUUGCUCCAGGUCACUUUUUGGAAUAUUUGCUUAGCCAUCCUAGCGUGGUUCCUGUCUGGAAGGAAUAUAAUUACCAUAAAUUUACUAAUAUGCUGGCGAAGGGUAAUUUGCCUCUACGUGCUUUUCAAGAAUAUCUCAAACAAGAUUACCUUUAUUUACUUCAAUUCAGUCGCGCGUACUCCCUUAAGGGUUACAAAGAGUCUACCUUUCUUGGAAUUUUUGAAGCGGCUCAGUCCGUAUUCCAUGUCAUUCAGGAAAAACAGCUUCAUGUUUCCUUUUGCCAACAAUAUGGCAUUACAAUAGAGGACCUCAAAGCUUCUGAAGAAAGUCCAGCAUGUACUGCAUAUUCUCGAUAUAUUUUAGAUACUGGUUCUCAGCAAGAUUUGGCUGCUCUAGAGUUUGCGCAGGCUCCUUGCUUAAUCGGUUAUUAUUUAAUUGCUCUUCGUCUAAUGAAGGAGCCCUUCAGAGAUGUGAAUGGUCCCUAUCAACGGUGGAUCGACAAUUAUGUGUCCGAAGACUACAUCUCUGCAGUUCGCAGAGGUUGCCGUCAAUUAGAGGAAACUGUGUGUACACUUUCGCCAGAAAGAAUUCAACAGUUGAUUCAAGUGUUUGUACGUGCUACGAAAUUUGAAAUUUUGUUUUGGGAAACCCCCUAUCAAAAGUAUGUUGUUGAGCAAAAUUUAGAAGACCCUAGUCUUUAAGCAUAUCAACAUUCAGCAAAUGUUGCGAUAGUUUGAUUUCCGUAUACACUACUCUUUAGGGAUUGUUCAAGAAGUCUAUCAAAAUAUAUGAUGAACCAAAGGAUACCUACUGUCUUUCUUGAGAUUGCAUGCUUAGUGCAGAAAGAAAAUAGCAUAGCAAGAUAUGCUCUAAUCAACUUUGAAGGUGAAAAUUUAUCUACCUAUUGAAUCUUUUAGGAAAACAAAAUACACCUCGAACGACCAAACAGAAGUUUAUUCGUGGUAAAUUUUACGAAGCUUGAAAGCUAGACAUCGCUUUUCCAAUUAAUGGUUUAAAAAUAAUUCUUAUUUUGAUUUCUUUUUAGAUAUAAUGAUACGCUUGUCCAAACUUAGGUUCAAUCAUUGAGUAUAGAAAUGAGGAAGAUUGAAUAGUUUUGGAAAUCUAAUAAAAUUUAUAUCAAAAGUUUUAC